AUGGCAUGGUCUCCAUACAACGUCCCCUCGAACGCUUCCGGUACGCCUGGUCAAGAGCCAAGUGCUAGGGAUCUGUAUUACCCCUAUGGGUCUGUUGUUCAUCAGUACCCUCCCACCCUGGCGGCAGAGCCGUCGAUGUUCUCUGAGAACUAUCAUCCGUACAAUACUCUCAUGCAACACCCCUCCGCACCAAUUCGUCCCAGCUUACACAUACCUUUCGCAUCGGCUCAUGCCGACUUGAACUCCCCUAAUCACAAUACGGUACACCAUACCUCGAUCGAGAUCAAUAGACCUAGAGAACCCUUGACCAUGGGCUAUCUCAGCUCUGGACAUAGUACUACGUGCACUACACCAUCGGGAUCGGGAUCAUCCACUCCCUCUGUGCAGGAGAGCCCCCAGUCGGGUGUCGGUGGGCAUGAAGUCCAGACUAUCUUUGGUGGUGGCCGAACACACAGACGGAAGGACGACGAACUUCACGGCACGUACCAAUGCUGCUGGAAAGACUGCAAAUACCGCGGCAUGUUCUCUCGCAAGGGAGUUCUCAUGCGCCAUAUAGAAACACAGCAUGUCACACCGCGCUCAUUCGACUGCCCCGUGUGUGGAAAGCUCUUCUGUAGACGGGACAAUAUGACCGAGCACUUGGGGAGAGUUCAUUUGGAGCGAGGCUGA